GUUGCUUGGGACGAGGCUAAAACCUAAAACUUUUAAAGUUUCCUUACGCCAAAGAAACGGAUUAUACAAAACUCCUCAGGAAAUUGUUUUCCAAGAUCUUCAUAGAUUCAAUGUGGAUUUCUUGUGGUGUUGGAUUUUUAACACAUUAAUUAUUCCUUGAUGUGUGUUGUUUUAGUAUAGUACGACCAUUUUCUCUUAUCAACGACAGGCGUGUUAUAAGUCCAAUAUAGGAAGAUUACACAGACUCUCGAACGGUGCUUUACUUAAAUUAACAGAUCGAAUAGUGACAAGUGUAUUCUUACAAUAUUUAGGACAUAGAUCUUAAUCUACUUUGUUUUACAAGGCCUGGGAUUGUUUUAGUUUCACGUGACUACACAUCUUAAUAUGAAAUCAUACUAGAUCUAUACAUAAGUAUUUUAAAUAUUUUUUAUUUUACUAGUGUGUGCAGACUAGAUUUUAAGUUAGGGUUAAUAGGGUUAACCCUAUUCUAGAACAGGUCCUAGAUCUUCCAGAUGUAGGUCUACUUGACGUGGAUAUUUAGCAACGGUGUAUAUAGUGUAGCAUUUGUUCUCGACCGUUGCCAGGCAACCAUUAUUGUGUUAGUACGGACAAACUUUAAAAAAAAAUCUAAUUCCGACCAGGAGCCCUGCGUAAUUGUGCCUCUAGUUUGAGAGGAGAAAAGCAAAACAAGAAAACAUGUCCAACACCGCUGGAACAGACGUGCUUGACCUGGCCGAGUCGUUCAGCAGUAGCUUCAAAGCCGUCGGCAAGAAGAACUCGUUCAGGCCGUCCCGAGGAGAAAUCUUUGAGAAGACGGAGACGGUGCUAGAGGGAGAGAAGAGGAGAGUCACGUACAUCCUGCAGACUUCGGGGGCACACGACCAGAGUGAAGGAGAGGCCUCUGAACUAACUGACAGUCACUGCCACUCACAGUUGAAGAAGUCUGGGUUUGACAAGAAGGCUAGAACAAAGUUAAUUGUAGCAAGUAUACUAUGCCUGGUGUUUAUGACUGGAGAGAUGGUGGGUGGACUGCUGGCCCACAGUUUAGCCAUUAUCUCAGAUGCUGCCCACUUGUUGACCGACUUUGCCAGUUUCAUGAUCAGUCUAAUGGCCCUCUACUUGGCUCAUAGACCAGCUACCAAGAAACUAAGUUUUGGCUGGUACAGAAUUGAAAUUCUUGGUGCUUUUGUCUCUAUCUUGAUGUUGUGGGUUCUUACUGGAAUUUUGGUCUACUCAGCUGUCCAGCGUAUAAUAGAUGAUACUUAUGAAAUAAAUGCAACAAUUAUGCUGAUCACUGCUGGUACAGGAGUUUUUUUCAAUAUUGUACUAGGUACAACUCUGCAUCAACAUUCUCAUAGCCAUGGUGGAGGAGGUCAUAACCAUGGUGGAGGCGGUCAUAGCCAUGGUGGAGGGGGUCAUAGCCAUGAUGGAGGUCAUAGCCAUAGUGGAAGAGACAGCCACAGCAAUGGAGUCCAUGCAUCUGCAGGUCACAGCCAUGGGGCUGAAAAUCACAGUCAUGGAACUGAGAAUGGUGACUGCGCCCAAAGUCACAGCCACAACGGCAUCCAUGGGCGUGACAAUCUGGCAGCUCAGUCCGAUGAUUCUCCUGAAGUGUUCCAGGGCCCUGUUCCUUCCCAGACUUCUGCUGCUCCACAUGAGAACAAAAAUUAUGGCAGCAUAGACGUUGAAAAGGGUGAACACAUCAAUGUUGCUGGCAAUGAAAAGUCACAAUUGAUUAAGAACCAGGAACAGAAGCAUCACAGCAGAGAAAGCAACAUCAACGUGAAAGCAGCCUUUAUCCAUGUCAUUGGAGAUCUCCUGCAAAGUGUAGGAGUCUUAGUGGCAGCAUUUAUCAUCUAUUACAAGCCUGAAUGGAAGAUAGCUGACCCAAUCUGUACAUUCAUGUUUUCACUAUUUGUCCUGGUGACUACUCUCACUAUCAUGAAGGAUAUUAUUGUUGUUCUAAUGGAAGGUACUCCACGAGGAAUAAAUUUUGCUGAAGUCAGACAAGCCUUCUUCCAGGUCGAAGGUGUACUAGAUAUUCACAACCUAAGAGUCUGGUCAUUAACAAUGGAUAAAAUAGCUCUCUCUGUUCACCUCGCUAUAGACAAAAAAUCAGACCCCCACAAAGUGCUUAAGUUGGCAUCAUUUGCCAUCCAACAAAAGUUCAACAUCAGUGAGACCACCAUGCAAGUGGAGCAGUACGUGGAUGAGAUGCUGGACUGUCAGGAUUGUCAGGGGCCCAAGUUGUAACCUUUUUGUCUGGUUCUCACGUUCAGCAGAAAGUGUUAUAGUUCCUCUAGGCACUCUUGUAAAACUGGUUGGACCUACAGAGAAGUAUUAAAGAGACACUUCACUGAAAACUUCAGUAGUAUUGACCAAUUGUUAAAAAAAUAUUGAGUUGCAUGAUUAUAUUAUAUAGUUAUAAUUAUUUAUAUAUCCAUUAUAUAUAGAUAGAUAGAUAGAUUGAUUUAUUUACAUUCCUAAUUAUUUAAAUUGUUAAACUAGAAAUCAAUUGGUCAAUUGUAAUUCUUGCCUAAAGAGCUUUGUUUUCCCUCUUAAGCUUGCUCAACCUGAUGGUCUGUUACAUAGACGAACUUUCGGAGCUCUUUGGUUCGGAAGGUCUACAAAAAAAAAAUGGGUUUAUGCCAUAUGUAAAAUCAGUAAAGGUUUAACUAUUGUCUAAGGAAGGAUGUUACCUUUAUGUGUAAACCUGGAUGUCACUUGUGUAUAUAUAUUGCAUAACUUAUUCGUGCAAAUAAAUAAUUAGCCAAAGCUGCCAUCUUAUCUCACUGUCAUCACAAUAAGAGAAUAUCAGCUUAUCCAAAGUAGUUAAACUUGUAUGUGUACUAAAAAUAAGUAAAACAGAAUGAAUCUUUAGUCAUAUAAAUGAAAAGGAGGAAAUAAUUUACCUACUUGUGCUUCACUUCUGGCAUGACUCGAGCAGUCUGUCUUGAUUACAGUAAAAAUAACAUUUGCAUGUCAUUUAGGUUCAUUUCUAUUGUUUUGAUUAUUCGUAUAAGAAAAAAAAGCUAUUUCAUGUAAAUAAAAAAAUACUAUGUAAAAAAUUCAAAUUUUAUUUAUUAAAAAUAUAUUUUAGAACACUUGAGUUUAGGUUAUGUUUGAAAUACGAGGCUCAUUUUCAAAUCAGAACUUUUGUAGGUACAUUUUUAUUCCAUGGGAUGAGUGGCAUAAACUGUUUGGCUACCUAUCAUGUGGGUCUGAAGCUCAAAUCCAGACUUGAUCUGUGUACCCAUAGGCAGCCCAUAUAUUCCCUCCUCCCAUAGGCCCACAAAAGAGAUGGAAUCACAGCUCACUGAGCAUGCUAUAGCAUGCAAGAUGGGCUAAUUAAAAGUAAUGAAAAAAAAAUAAUAAUAAUGCUUUUUCAUUAUAUCAUAUUAAAGAUUGUAAUAUUUAUGUCUAUAAUUGUUUUUUUAAGACUUACAUGUGUAUUUUUUGAUGUAUAGUUGUAAAAGUCUUUUGGGUAAUAUUUAUUAUGAAUGUUAUUUAUGAUAUGAUAUUGACCAAAUUUACUCACCCAUGGGAUUGCCAAUUUUUUUUAAUGUUACAUUUCAUAACAUAAUGAAGUGUAACAUAAGUUUCUUGUAUUCCAUACUCCCAACCAUGCUCACAUAUUAUUCCUCAAAUUUAAUUGAAUUAUUCACAGUCAUGGCUUGUCAUAAAGACCUACAGAACCAAGUUAACACAAUUUACAAAAAUGGUUUCCAGGAAAGGCUGCCUGGUUGUGCGGUUUGCCCGCUGGACUGUCGUUCGGAUUUAUCGACGGUCGAGGGUUCAAACCCUGCCCGCUCCCAUCCUCCCGUCGUCCUGCGGGAGGUUUGGACUAGGAAGUAAACUAUCUUCAACUCUGAAGGAACAUCCGAAAUAUGUAAAACAAACAAGGCCAGAGCAUGUCAUUUUCUAACCUCAUAUGUAGACAUCUUUCAUUUGUUUUUGCUGAUUAUAAUUAGUUUGCAGAGUUUGUUUUCUUUGUUUUUCACCAUUUAUCAAAUUGUCAUAAAAUGUAUAGGAAUAAGUUACCAAUGGCUGGUGAUGAAAGCUUAAAAUAUAUGCUGCUGAAAUAAGCAUCAUUCCAUCCAUGUUUACGUGUACAAGACUAUUGUCUAUUUAAAUGAGUCAUUGCUUUAUAUUUAAGAGUUUGCAGCAAAAGAAUAUAUUAUUUUUUGCUGUAAUUCAUUUCAAGGUAACCUCUAUAUUUACAUUCCCUUAUAUUUAUAUAGUGCAUUUUUUAUUUUUAAAAAAUAGGUGCAGUACUCAGUGAUGGAUCGCCUAACGUUUAACUACUAAUAUAUUUAUAAUAAACGUUAAAAUACAAGAAAAUAACUAAUUUUUUCCCCACAUUGAAAAAGGUGCCGGUACCGGUGCGUACCUUCACAAAAAAAAAACACUAUAUAUAUAUAUAUACAUUAAAAUAAGGAAUCAGGUGCCUACCUGGGUUCAAACCCUGCCAGCUGUCCUGCUGGAAGUUUGGCCUAGGAUGUAAAUAUCUUCAAUUCUGAAGGAACAAUCAAAACAUAUAAAUCAAAAUCUCCCUUUGAUAGCAAUACAUUUUAGUUAACUUAUUGUGUUAAUUUGAACUCUUUAUUAAGCCAUCAAAGGCUCUUUACCUAAUAUCAUUAGAACAUAGUAAGAUUUGUUUCCCCUGUCAUCAUUCUACAAAGGUUACUUUAGAUUGUCAAUUUUUUUUUUAGGCACAAUGAUUCCUAUUCCGAAAUGAUAAACUGUCUUAGACACAUUGAUUCCUAUUCUGAAAUGAUAAACUGUCUUAGGCACAAUGAUUCCUAUUCCGAAAUGAUAAACUGUCUUAGGCACAAUGAUUCCUAUUCCGAAAUGAUAAACUGUCUUAGGCACAAUGAUUCCUAUUCCAAAAUGAUAAACUGUCUUAGGACAUUUGUUUUCCUUGCAUGCAUUUCUUUUGUGGCCUUUUUGUUUUUGUAUGUUCUAAUAAACUGCAUAUUUUUUUCCAAGGUCUUUCAUUUGGUUAAAAAAAAAAUGACUUGUUUAUAACAUCCAAAAGAAUUAAAACUUUUUUUUCUCAAA